AUAUAUAUAGCCAUCACAUGCUGCCAUUCAUAUUUCAUCUGACAUCAAGGAUCUGAAGCAGUCUUUGAGACUAUUUUUAAGCUGCACAAUGCCGUCUGAGACAUCCGAUCAGGACCGAGAACCCUUUGUUGAGGUCGAUCCAUCAGGACGAUUUGGGCGUUACAGCGACCUGUUAGGUGCUGGUGCCGUAAAAAAGGUCUACAGAGGGUUCGAUCAAGAAGAAGGCCGAGAUGUGGCCUGGAACCAAGUCAAACUACGAAAUUUCAAUGGCGAUCCAUCCGUCCUCAAAAGACUGUUAUCCGAAGUUGAACUGUUACAAAGUCUAGAGAACGAAAACAUAAUCGUUCUUUACAGUUUCUGGAGGGAUGUUGAAAACAGCACCUUGAAUUUUAUCACCGAGGCGUGCACUUCGGGUAAUUUGAGGGAUUAUAGGAAGAAACAUAGACGCGUGUCGCUUAAGGCUAUGAAGAACUGGUCAAGACAGAUUUUGAGGGGGUUGGAGUAUUUGCAUACUCAUGAACCUUGUAUUAUUCACAGGGAUCUUAAUUGCAGCAAUAUCUUCAUCAAUGGAAAUAUUGGAAAGGUUAAGAUUGGUGACCUCGGUUUAGCCGCAGUGGUAGCUAAGAAUCAUGCGGCUCAUACGUUACUAGGAACACCUGAAUACAUGGCUCCUGAACUAUACGAGGAAGAUUACAACGAAUUAGUGGACAUUUACUCAUUUGGAAUGUGUUUACUUGAAAUGGCUACAAUGGAAAUACCAUAUAGCGAGUGUGACAGUAUUGCUAAAAUAUAUCGCAAAGUUACUGGUGGUGUUAUGCCUCAAGCGUUUAGUAAAGUAAACGAUCUUGAACUAAAAGCAUUUAUUAUGCGAUGUGUUGGUCAACCACGAGCAAGACCUUCUGCAUCCGAUCUUCUUAAGGACGUGUUUCUUGUCGAGACGACUAGUGAAGAGAGUGAGAACAGUACCUAAAUAUGUUUUCAUGUUUCUUUGUAACCUUUGUGUUGUCCAAUUGUUAGUGUCCUUCUCAAGAUCAUAUCAAGAUAAGAGUUUGUAAAUUGUAAUUUCCAGGUGACACAAAAAUGGACUCCAAAAGAUUCAUGGAA